GCGGGGCUGGGCCGGGGGGAGUGAGCGCGGCGCUCUCGCGCGCCCGGUGUCUCCCUCUCGCUGCCUCUGCAGAAACAGCUCCUGCCAGAGCAGCGCUCGGCGCGGCGCGGCGGGCCCGGAGCGGCGGCGGCGGCUCUUCCUGCCUCCGCGCCCAGGAGUUGCCGGCUCCCUUUGACAGCAGAGAGCCGGGCAGGGGCCUCAGGAGGACUCGCUGGGAGUGGGCAGAGGCGCCUCGACCCCUGCCGGCCCAGGCGGGCCCCGCGCGCCCCCCGCCCCUCCUUUCCGCCUCUUCUCGCCCUGCCUCUCCCGAUUUAUUUUUUCAAAUGGUGUAGCCGCCAGAGGUGCGGUGCUCAAUUCUUGGAAGGGGCCCGGAUGUACUGAGGAUGCAUUACAAUUUCACUCGAGGAGGCAGUAGUGGAAAGGAGCAGUUUUUGGGGUUUGAUGCCAUAAUGGGAAUCAGGUAAUCGUCGGCAGUGAAGAAGAAACGCUGCAGACCACGGCUUCCUCGAAUCUUGCACGAAAGCCGCCGGCCUCGGAGGAGGGAUUAAUCCAGACCCGCUGGGGGGUGUUUUCACAUUGCUUCCUCUUCGUGGCUGCUCCUCCUUUUAAAACCAUUUUUGGUGCAUGGUCAAUGAGAAUACGAGGAUGUACAUUCCAGAGGAAAACCACCAAGGUUCCAACUAUGGGAGCCCACGCCCCGCCCAUGCCAACAUGAAUGCCAAUGCGGCAGCGGGGCUGGCCCCUGAACACAUCCCCACCCCGGGGGCCGCCCUCUCCUGGCAGGCGGCCAUCGACGCAGCCCGGCAGGCUAAGCUGAUGGGCAGCGCUGGCAAUGCGACCAUCUCCACAGUCAGCUCCACGCAGCGGAAGCGGCAGCAAUAUGGGAAACCCAAGAAGCAGGGCAGCACCACGGCCACACGCCCGCCCCGAGCCCUGCUCUGCCUGACCCUGAAGAACCCCAUCCGGAGGGCCUGCAUCAGCAUUGUCGAAUGGAAAUAUCCUUUACCAUUUGAAAUAAUUAUUUUACUGACUAUUUUUGCCAAUUGUGUGGCCUUAGCGAUCUAUAUUCCCUUUCCAGAAGAUGAUUCCAACGCCACCAAUUCCAACCUGGAACGAGUGGAAUAUCUCUUUCUCAUAAUUUUUACGGUGGAAGCGUUUUUAAAAGUCAUCGCCUAUGGACUCCUCUUUCACCCCAAUGCCUACCUCCGCAACGGCUGGAACCUACUAGAUUUUAUAAUUGUGGUUGUGGGGCUUUUUAGUGCAAUUUUAGAACAAGCAACCAAAGCAGACGGGGCAAACGCUCUCGGAGGGAAAGGGGCCGGAUUUGAUGUGAAGGCACUGAGGGCCUUCCGCGUGCUGCGCCCCCUGCGGCUGGUGUCCGGAGUCCCAAGUCUCCAGGUGGUUCUGAAUUCCAUCAUCAAGGCCAUGGUCCCCCUGCUGCACAUCGCCCUGCUUGUGCUGUUUGUCAUCAUCAUCUACGCCAUCAUCGGCCUGGAGCUCUUCAUGGGGAAGAUGCACAAGACCUGCUACAACCAGGAGGGCAUAGCAGAUGUUCCAGCAGAAGAUGACCCUUCCCCUUGUGCGCUGGAAACAGGCCACGGGCGGCAGUGCCAGAACGGCACGGUGUGCAAGCCCGGCUGGGAUGGGCCCAAGCACGGCAUCACCAACUUUGACAACUUUGCCUUCGCCAUGCUCACGGUGUUCCAGUGCAUCACCAUGGAGGGCUGGACGGACGUGCUGUACUGGGUCAAUGAUGCCGUAGGAAGGGACUGGCCCUGGAUCUAUUUUGUUACACUAAUCAUCAUAGGGUCAUUUUUUGUACUUAACUUGGUUCUCGGUGUGCUUAGCGGAGAGUUUUCCAAAGAGAGGGAGAAGGCCAAGGCCCGGGGAGAUUUCCAGAAGCUGCGGGAGAAGCAGCAGCUAGAAGAGGAUCUCAAAGGCUACCUGGACUGGAUCACGCAGGCCGAAGACAUCGAUCCCGAGAACGAGGACGAGGGCAUGGAUGAGGAGAAGCCCCGAAACAUGAGCAUGCCCACCAGUGAGACCGAGUCCGUCAACACCGAAAACGUGGCUGGAGGUGACAUCGAGGGAGAAAACUGCGGGGCCAGGCUGGCCCACCGGAUCUCCAAGUCAAAGUUCAGCCGCUACUGGCGCCGGUGGAAUCGGUUCUGCAGAAGAAAGUGCCGUGCCGCAGUCAAGUCUAAUGUCUUCUACUGGCUGGUGAUUUUCCUGGUGUUCCUCAACACGCUCACCAUUGCCUCUGAGCACUACAACCAGCCCCACUGGCUCACAGAAGUCCAAGACACGGCGAACAAGGCCCUGCUGGCCCUGUUCACAGCGGAGAUGCUCCUGAAGAUGUACAGCCUGGGCCUGCAGGCCUACUUCGUGUCCCUCUUCAACCGCUUUGACUGCUUCGUCGUGUGUGGCGGCAUCCUGGAGACCAUCCUGGUGGAGACCAAGAUCAUGUCCCCACUGGGCAUCUCCGUGCUCAGAUGUGUCCGGCUGCUGAGGAUAUUCAAGAUCACGAGGUACUGGAACUCCUUGAGCAACCUGGUGGCAUCCUUGCUGAACUCUGUGCGCUCCAUCGCCUCCCUGCUCCUUCUCCUCUUCCUCUUCAUCAUCAUCUUCUCCCUCCUGGGGAUGCAGCUCUUUGGAGGAAAGUUCAACUUUGAUGAGAUGCAGACCCGGAGGAGCACAUUCGAUAACUUCCCCCAGUCCCUCCUCACUGUGUUUCAGAUCCUGACCGGGGAGGACUGGAAUUCGGUGAUGUAUGAUGGGAUCAUGGCUUAUGGCGGCCCCUCUUUUCCAGGGAUGUUAGUCUGUAUUUACUUCAUCAUCCUCUUCAUCUGUGGAAACUAUAUCCUACUGAAUGUGUUCUUGGCCAUUGCUGUGGACAACCUGGCUGAUGCUGAGAGCCUCACAUCUGCCCAAAAGGAGGAGGAAGAGGAGAAGGAGAGAAAGAAGCUGGCCAGGACUGCCAGCCCAGAGAAGAAACAAGAGUUGAUGGAGAAGCCGGCAGUGGAGGAAUCCAAGGAGGAGAAGAUUGAGCUGAAAUCCAUCACGGCUGACGGAGAGUCUCCACCCACCACCAAGAUCAACAUGGAUGACCUCCAGCCCAAUGAAAAUGAGGAUAAGAGUCCCUACCCCAACCCAGAAACUACAGGAGAAGAGGAUGAGGAGGAGCCAGAGAUGCCUGUCGGCCCUCGCCCACGACCACUCUCUGAGCUUCACCUUAAGGAAAAGGCAGUGCCCAUGCCAGAAGCCAGCGCAUUUUUCAUCUUCAGCUCUAACAACAGGUUUCGCCUCCAGUGCCACCGCAUUGUCAAUGACACGAUCUUCACCAACCUGAUCCUCUUCUUCAUUCUGCUCAGCAGCAUUUCCCUGGCUGCUGAGGACCCGGUCCAGCACACCUCCUUCAGGAACCAUAUUCUGUUUUAUUUUGAUAUUGUUUUUACCACCAUUUUCACCAUUGAAAUUGCUCUGAAGAUCCUAGGCAAUGCAGACUAUGUCUUCACUAGUAUCUUUACAUUAGAAAUUAUCCUUAAGAUGACUGCUUAUGGGGCUUUCCUGCACAAGGGCUCUUUCUGCCGUAACUACUUCAACAUCCUGGACCUGCUGGUGGUCAGCGUGUCCCUCAUCUCCUUUGGCAUCCAGUCCAGUGCAAUCAAUGUCGUGAAGAUCUUGCGAGUCCUGCGAGUACUCAGGCCCCUGAGGGCCAUCAACAGAGCCAAGGGGCUAAAGCAUGUGGUUCAGUGUGUGUUUGUCGCCAUCCGGACCAUCGGGAACAUCGUGAUUGUCACCACCCUGCUGCAGUUCAUGUUUGCCUGCAUUGGGGUCCAGCUCUUCAAGGGAAAGCUGUACACCUGUUCAGACAGUUCCAAGCAGACAGAGGCGGAGUGCAAGGGCAACUACAUCACGUACAAAGACGGGGAGGUUGACCACCCCAUCAUCCAACCCCGCAGCUGGGAGAACAGCAAGUUCGACUUUGACAAUGUUCUGGCAGCCAUGAUGGCUCUCUUCACUGUCUCCACCUUCGAAGGGUGGCCAGAGCUGCUGUACCGCUCCAUCGACUCCCACACGGAAGACAAGGGCCCCAUCUACAACUACCGUGUGGAGAUCUCCAUCUUCUUCAUCAUCUACAUCAUCAUCAUCGCCUUCUUCAUGAUGAACAUCUUCGUGGGCUUCGUCAUCGUCACCUUCCAGGAGCAGGGGGAGCAGGAGUACAAGAACUGUGAGCUGGACAAGAACCAGCGACAGUGCGUGGAAUACGCCCUCAAGGCCCGGCCCCUGCGGAGGUACAUCCCCAAGAACCAGCACCAGUACAAAGUGUGGUACGUGGUCAACUCCACCUACUUCGAGUACCUGAUGUUCGUCCUCAUCCUGCUCAACACCAUCUGCCUGGCCAUGCAGCACUACGGCCAGAGCUGCCUGUUCAAAAUUGCCAUGAACAUCCUCAACAUGCUCUUCACUGGCCUCUUCACCGUGGAGAUGAUCCUGAAGCUCAUUGCCUUCAAACCCAAGGGUUACUUUAGUGAUCCCUGGAAUGUUUUUGACUUCCUCAUCGUAAUUGGCAGCAUAAUUGACGUCAUUCUCAGUGAGACUAAUCACUAUUUCUGUGAUGCAUGGAAUACAUUUGACGCCUUGAUUGUUGUGGGUAGCAUUGUUGAUAUAGCAAUCACCGAGGUAAACCCAGCUGAACAUACCCAAUGCUCUCCCUCUAUGAACGCAGAGGAAAACUCCCGCAUCUCCAUCACCUUCUUCCGCCUGUUCCGGGUCAUGCGCCUGGUGAAGCUGCUGAGCCGUGGGGAGGGCAUCCGGACGCUGCUGUGGACCUUCAUCAAGUCCUUCCAGGCCCUGCCCUAUGUGGCCCUCCUGAUCGUGAUGCUGUUCUUCAUCUACGCGGUGAUCGGGAUGCAGGUGUUCGGGAAAAUUGCCCUGAAUGAUACCACAGAGAUCAACCGGAACAACAACUUUCAGACCUUCCCCCAGGCUGUGCUGCUCCUCUUCAGGUGUGCCACUGGGGAGGCCUGGCAGGACAUCAUGCUGGCCUGCAUGCCAGGCAAGAAGUGUGCCCCGGAGUCUGAGCCCAGCAACAGCACGGAGGGUGAAACGCCCUGUGGCAGCAGCUUUGCUGUCUUCUACUUCAUCAGCUUCUAUAUGCUCUGUGCCUUCCUGAUCAUCAACCUCUUUGUAGCUGUCAUCAUGGACAACUUUGACUACCUGACAAGGGACUGGUCCAUCCUUGGUCCCCACCACCUGGAUGAGUUUAAAAGAAUCUGGGCAGAGUAUGACCCUGAAGCCAAGGGUCGUAUCAAGCACCUGGAUGUGGUGACCCUCCUCCGGCGGAUUCAGCCCCCACUAGGUUUUGGGAAGCUGUGCCCUCACCGCGUGGCUUGCAAACGCCUGGUCUCCAUGAACAUGCCUCUGAACAGCGACGGUACAGUCAUGUUCAAUGCCACCCUGUUUGCCCUGGUCAGGACGGCCCUGAGGAUCAAAACAGAAGGGAACCUAGAACAAGCCAAUGAGGAGCUGCGGGCGAUCAUCAAGAAGAUCUGGAAGCGGACCAGCAUGAAGCUGCUGGACCAGGUGGUGCCCCCUGCAGGUGAUGAUGAGGUCACCGUUGGCAAGUUCUACGCCACCUUCCUGAUCCAGGAGUACUUCCGGAAGUUCAAGAAGCGCAAAGAGCAGGGCCUUGUGGGCAAGCCCUCCCAGAGGAACGCAUUGUCUCUGCAGGCUGGCUUGCGCACGCUGCAUGACAUCGGGCCUGAGAUCCGACGGGCCAUCUCUGGAGAUCUCACCGCUGAGGAGGAGCUGGACAAGGCCAUGAAGGAGGCUGUGUCCGCUGCUUCUGAAGAUGACAUCUUCAGGCGGGCCGGUGGCCUGUUCGGCAACCACGUCAGCUACUACCAAAGCGACGGCCGGAGCGCCUUCCCCCAGACCUUCACCACUCAGCGCCCGCUGCACAUCAACAAGGCGGGCAGCAGCCAGGGCGACACUGAGUCGCCGUCCCACGAGAAGCUGGUGGACUCCACCUUCACCCCCAGCAGCUAUUCGUCCACCGGCUCCAACGCCAACAUCAACAACGCCAACAACACUGCCCUGGGUCGCCUCCCUCGCCCUGCCGGCUACCCCAGCACAGUCAGCACUGUGGAGGGCCAUGGGCCCCCCUUGUCCCCUGCCAUCCGGGUGCAGGAGGUGGCGUGGAAGCUCAGCUCCAGCAGGGAAAGGCACGUCCCGGUAUGGGAGGAUCUGGAGCUCAGGAGGGAUUCAGGCUCAGCAGGGACUCAGGCUCACUGCCUUCUGCUCAGGAGAGCAAACCCCUCUAGGUGCCAUUCCCAGGAAAGCCAGGCAGCCAUGGCGGGUCAGGAGGAGACGUCUCAGGAUGAGACCUAUGAAGUGAAGAUGAACCAUGACACGGAGGCCUGCAGUGAGCCCAGCCUGCUCUCCACAGAGAUGCUUUCCUACCAGGAUGACGAAAAUCGGCAACUGACGCUCCCAGAGGAGGACAAGAGGGACAUCCAGCAAUCUCCGAAGAGGGGUUUCCUCCGCUCUGCCUCACUAGGUCGAAGGGCCUCCUUCCACCUGGAAUGUCUGAAGCGACAGAAGGACCGAGGGGGAGACAUCUCUCAGAAGACAGUCCUGCCCUUGCAUCUGGUUCAUCAUCAGGCAUUGGCAGUGGCAGGCCUGAGCCCCCUCCUCCAGAGAAGCCAUUCCCCUGCCUCAUUCCCCAGGCCUUUUGCCACCCCACCAGCCACACCUGGCAGCCGAGGCUGGCCCCCACAGCCCGUCCCCACCCUGCGGCUGGAGGGGGUCGAGUCCAGUGAGAAACUCAACAGCAGCUUCCCAUCCAUCCACUGCGGCUCCUGGGCUGAGACCACCCCCGGUGGCGGGGGCAGCAGCGCCGCCCGGAGAGCCCGGCCCGUCUCCCUCAUGGUGCCCAGCCAGGCUGGGGCCCCGGGAAGGCAGUUCCACGGCAGUGCCAGCAGCCUGGUGGAAGCGGUCUUGAUUUCAGAAGGACUGGGGCAGUUUGCUCAAGAUCCCAAGUUCAUCGAGGUCACCACCCAGGAGCUGGCCGACGCCUGCGACAUGACCAUAGAGGAGAUGGAGAGCGCGGCCGACAACAUCCUCAGCGGGGGCGCCCCACAGAGCCCCAAUGGCGCCCUCUUACCGUUUGUGAACUGCAGGGACGCGGGGCAGGACCGAGCCGGGGGCGAAGAGGACGCGGGCUGUGCGCGCGCGCGGGGGCGGCUGAGUGAGGAGGACCUCCAGGACAGCAGGGUCUACGUCAGCAGCCUGUAGUGGGCGCUGCCAGAUGCGGGCUUUUUUUAUUUGUUUCAAUGUUCCUAAUGGGUUCGUUUCAGAA